AUGCAUUUGAUGUACACUCUCGACGAGGCGGGCAACCGUGUCUACACCCUUAAGAAGGUGGCCGACGGCAAGGUCACCAAAUCCGCUCACCCUGCGCGUUUCUCUCCCGACGACAAAUGGUCGCGCCAGCGUGUUACGCUGAAGCGUCGCUUCAACCUUCUGCUUACCCAGCAAAAGUCUGAGUAA